GUUGUGUAACCAAAGCUUCAAUACCAAACUCUCAAGAUGAAGACUCUGCUGAUCGUUGGAUUGGGCCUGUGCCUGUUGGGCGUCACCGUUGCCGAGCCGCAAUUGCUGGGUGGUCUGACCGGCCUGCUAUCGGGUACCGUGUCCGGAUUGCUGAGCACUGUGCAGAGCACCCUCUCAACGCUAACAGGCCUAGUCAGCCAAAUCAACACCGCUCUUACCAGUGCCAUUAGCAGUGGAAAUGCUGCCCUAACCGCGGCCCUGGCUCAAGCCCAAGCCGCUGCCGCCACUGUCCAAUCGACUCUGAGCAGUGUUCUCAACUCAGGACUCACCUCCGGAGUGUCUUCGCAGCUUAGCACCUUGACCACCCAGGUGUCGGAUGCCAUCAACAACUUGAACUCCAUCGUCAGCCAGGUCGUGGCCGCCGGAAGCUCUGUCCCGUCGACGCUGAUCAACGAACUGAACACCGCUACGGCCAAUGUUGCCAGCCUCGCCUCGUCUGCUGCGUCUCAAGUCACAUCCCUGGCCGGCUCUGCUCCAGGACUGCUAGGUGGUCUGCUGGGUGGUCUGCUUGGUUAAACUGCUCGAUAUAUUGAAGUC